AUGUCUCCAUCUUUGUCGCCAGUAGCACGCCGCACCCGCAAAGGAUCCGUUUACACCCGCGAAGGAUUCCAGCCGCCUUCCAAGAAAUCUACCCAGACCCGGUUCCCGAAGCACCAACCCACAGCUGUGACCAUCCAAGCCACAACUACGCUGCCUACCCAGCGGUGGAGAAAGUCGCACGCAAGCACUGUCCCGCCGGCCGCCCGGGUUACUUCAAGCACAGUCCCGUCGUCCCGUGAGCGUGAAUGGGAGGUCGUUGAGGUCGAGGAGGUCGAGGCGGAAGUGGAGGAUUGGAUUCAGGCUUAG